CGUCUUAGUGCUGAGCGAGCUUAUACAAGCUUAAUAAUGCUUCCUAUGGCUCUACAUAUAUUGACAAUCUGCAGGUUUUCAGUCAAGACUCUGAUUGAUCGUUCCUGUUUUGAGACUAUAGAUGAUACUUCCCCUGAAUUUAAUAAUUUUGCAGCCAUUCUGGAACAGAUUCUAAGUCAUCGACUGAAAGGUCAGAUCACCUGGUUCGGCUAUGAAAGCCCUCGUAGUUUCUGGGACUACAUUCGAGUAGCUUGCCGAAAAGUCUCUCACAAUUGCAUCUGCAGUAUUGAGAACAUGGAGAAUGUCGGUUCUUCUAGAGCUAAGGGUCGAGCCUGGAUCAGAGUUGCACUUAUGGAAAAGCAUUUGUCUGAAUAUAUUUCCACAGCUCUGAGAGACUUCAAAACAACAAGGAGAUUUUAUGAGGAUGGAGCAAUUGUUCUUGGUGAAGAAGCAAAUAUGCUUGCUGGUAUGCUGUUGGGACUCAAUGCAAUUGAUUUCAGUUUUUGUCUGAAGGGUGAGGGAUUGGAUGGCAGCUUUCCAGCUGUCAUAGAUUAUACACCGUACUUGAAGUUCACUCAAAGUUCUGACAGCAUCAGCAGUGAUGAAGAAGAGCUAAGAACGCUGGGCAGUAGUGGCAGUGAAGGCAGUACUCCCGAGAACAUUGGUCCUCCUUUCAUCACAGAUGAAAACAGUUGGUACAACAAAUGCAAAAGGGUAGAACAGAAGUACCGGCUUGCCUUGGAACAGAAGGGUUACCUUGAAGAAUUGGUACGACUCAGAGAAAACCAGCUAUCUGAAUCUGUCUCACAGAAUAAACUUCUAUUACAAAGAAUUGAAGACAUGGAUCUAGCCCAUAAAAUGGAGAAGGAACAGCUGGAAUAUAUCAUUGUGGAACUGCAAGACCAGUUGUAAGUUAGUAUAAUGGAGAAACACUGUUAGAGCAGUACUACUUAAUUUGUUUAACUUAUUUAACUAUAUAAUACAAAUAAGUUCUGGUCCUGUGGAAGUGCUUCAAACUUCUUGAAGAAAUUAAUGCGUUUUAGCUUUUUUUUUUUCCUUACAAGUCUUAUAUUCAGAAAUGGCUCUUCUGAAAACUGCAGUAGUGUAAGACAGAAUAAUUCUGAGAUUCU